CCGCAUUUGCUGUAUACAAGACGUGAUGGAUUCCCCAGAAAGCCAAGAUCACAAGACGUCAAUGCAACAUGCAUUGGAGCUGGCAAAGAAAUCCCCGCCAAAGCCGACAAACUUCCGUGUCGGAGCCAUCCUGGUGAGGCUGGAAGACGGCCAUAUCUCUGCUGAAGGCUACACCCUGGAGCUUCCGGGAAACACACAUGCCGAGGAGUGCUGUCUUUUGAAGCUUGCAGAAGAGCAUUCUACUACAGAAGAGGGCCUUGAGGCUGUCAUGAAGAGCCCGCAUGCCCUUUACACCACCGUUGAACCCUGCUUCAAGAGGCUCAGCGGCAAGCUGCCCUGCGUCGAGCGCGUUCUUCGCCAGAGGUCGUGGAUCAAGAAGGUUUAUGUGGGGGUUCUUGAGCCCGAGACUUUUGUCGGGAAGAAUCCCGGCCGCCAGCUGCUCGAGGAGGGCGGUGUUGAAGUUCACUAUGUCCCCGGGUUUGAGGAAGAGAUCCUUGCGGUGGCGGCUGCUGGUCACACAUCAUGAUGAUACUGGUCGACCUUGUUCAUCUAUCACGGUUGGCCAGCUGACUUGCUGCCCGUGAUCCAUGGAAAGCUUUCCGGAUCAGAAACACCAAACACGACGAAGACUAGGAUACGGUUCUUUCGCAACAAUCACUUUGGAAGCACGAGCCACCUUAGAUAUUUGUCUACGCCAUCCCUUACAGCGAGUACAUGCAUUUGUACAAGUAAGCUUUGCGCUCAAAUAUUAGACGACAGCUACAUAUGGUAGGGAAAAGGAAAUGCCGGGCAGUAUCAUAUUUUAUAGCCAGGCAAUGAAUAAAGACGCCAUUGUAUAUUUCC